AUGGAUAGGAAUAUUCUUGAUGCUGCUAGCGGUGGAGCACUCGUCGAUAAAACUCCAGCCGCCGACAAAGCUUUGAUCGAAAAUAUAUCCCUCAACUCCCAACAAUUUACAACCAGAAACAAUUAUGUCCAAGCAAAGGGUGUGAACGAAAUUCAGGUUUCCUCCAACAAAGCUUUAGAAACCAGAAUUGACGAGCUCACCUCUUUAGUGAAACAGUUGGCAGUAGGUAAGACUCAAGCGGAAAACCUGUGUGGUAUUUGUACUUCUCUUGAGCAUCCAACCGAUACUUGUCCUAUUUUGCAUGAUGAAUUGAUCACUGAGUUGCCUCAAGCUUAUGCAGUAAACCUUUACAAUCAAGGCAACAAUCAGAACAGGUACAACAACAUUCCUGACCUGUCCACCAAUAAAUACCACCCCAAUUGGAGGAACCAUCCCAAACUUCGAUAUGGAAACCAGCAGCCAACCCAACCAACAGCUACCCCCCAAGCCACCAUUUCUACACCCUCUAGACCUUCAUUAGAGGACCUGGUCAAACAACUAGCUGUUAAUAAUCUUCAGUUUCAACAAAGAACAGAAUCUAGUAUUCAAACCUUGCAGACACAGAUUGGACAGCUUACCACCUCAAUGAAUGACAUGCAAUCCCAAGGAUCAAACCAACUUCCUGCCCAAGCAGUUGUGAAUCCAAAAGAAACUGAAAAGAAUAAAGAAAAAGAAUAUGUACCACCAGUCCCCUUUCCACAUAGAGUUCGGAAAAAUAAAAGAAUUGAGGAAGGAGACAAAGAGAGGGAGAUCUUGGAUGUUUUUAGAAAAGUUGCGGUAAACAUUCCGCUUCUUGAUGUCAUUAAGCAGGUUCCUAAGUAUGCAAAGUUUCUGAAAGAUUUGUGUACAAACAAGAGGCGGAUGAAAGGUGGUGAGAGAGUCAACUUGGGAAGAAAUAUUUCUGCUUUUAUUCAUCUCAAGCCCCAUUCUGAAAAAGUUACAGGCGAGCAAAAUGUUUCAGCCAUCUCUCAGCAUACAGGUUUAAUCGUUCAGUUGGAGAACAGGAGCAAUGCCCGCCCUGCUGGUAUAGUGGAAGAUGUCCUUGUUCAAGGUGACAUGUUUCCUACAGGUGAAGUUGUUGUAAAUGAAGUUGUUUAUGCAGCUGAUGCUCUCGACAUCCCGGCUGCCCCAAAAUCCCCAUCCAUCGAGCAACCCCCAUUCUUAGAGCUGAAACAACUCCCGGAUAAUCUGAAAUACGCUUAUUUGGAGAGUGAUGAAAAAUUCCCUGUUAUUAUUUCUUCUAACCUUGAUUCCGAUCAGGAAAAUAAACUUUUGCAGGAAAAUAAACUCCCUGUUAUUAUUUAUUCUAACCUUCCAUGUAUUCAUAUUGCACCUGAAGAUCAAGAAAAGACCACUUUCACGUGCCCAUUCGGUAAAUUUUCUUACAGGAGGAUGCCUUUUGGUCUUUGCAAUGCUCCUGGCACUUUCCAGCGAUGCAUGAUUAGUAUUUUCUCUGAGUUUAUUGAAAAUUGCAUGGAAGUGUUUAUGGAUGCCUUUACUGUUUAUGGUUCGUCUUUUGAUGCAUGCUUGAAAAGUUUGAAUAUGGUUUUAGAGAGAUGCAUCGAGACUGACCUUGUUUUAAAUUAUGAAAAAUGUCAUUUUAUGGUUGAGCAGGGAAUUGUUCUUGGUCACAUAAUUUCUGAAAAAGGAAUUGCUGUUGACCCUGCUAAGAUUGACGUAAUUUCUACAUUGCCUUACCCUUCUUGCGUUCGCGAGAUUCGUUCUUUUCUUGGUCAUGCAGGUUUUUACAAGCGUUUCAUUAAGGAGUUCAGCAAGAUAGCUCUUCCACUAUCAAACUUGUUGAAGAAUGACGUCACUUUCAAUUUCGAUGACAAAUGCAAACAAGCGUUUGACUUCUUGAAGAAAGCAUUGACCUCCGCUCCCAUCAUCCAGCCUCCCGACUGGACCCUCCCUUUUAAGAUUAUGUGUUCCAAGGUUGUUGUUUUUACUGACCAUGCAGCUUUAAAGUACUUGUUGAAGAAGCCGGAAGCAAAACCGAGAUUGAUUCAGUGGAUGUUAUUGCUCCAAGAGUUUAAUGUAGAGAUUAAAGACAAAAGUGGAGCUAAGAACUUAGUGGCUGAUCACUUGAGCAGAAUAAAGAGAGAUGAAGAUCCUUUUCCCAUCCAGGAUGACUUUCCUGAUGAGAAGCUUUUACUUGUGCAUAGUAUUACUCCUUGGUUUGCUGAUAUUGUUAAUUAUCUUGUUGCUGGUGUUUUUCCUACAGUCGGCGGACAUUUUGGUCCUGAAAGGACUGCAAGAAAAUUCCUAGACUCGGGUUUUUAUUGGCCCACUAUUUUUAAAGAUGCCUAUGAGGUUUACUGCACCUAUAAAGAGUGCCAGAUAGCAGGUACUAAUGUCACUCGUAAGAGUGAAAUGCCUCAACAACCAUGCUUUUCUGUGAGGAAGGACUGGAGCCGCCGUCUAGAAGAUGCACUUUGGGCUCAAAGAACAGCUUUCAAGACACCCAUUGGGAUGUCUCCUUAUCAACUUAUUUUUGGUAAGGCAUGUCACCUUCCUGUAGAGAUAGAACACCGUGCCUAUUGGGCGGUGAAAAGUUGUAAUUUGGAGAUGCAACAAGCAAGUAUUGAAGGAAAAAUCCAAUUACAACAGCUUGAAGAGCUUAGGCUAGAGGCUUAUGAAAGCUCUAGGAUUUAUAAAGAGAAAACUAAGCACUUCCAUGAUAAGAUGAUUUCUAGGAAGGAAUUCUUUGUGGGCCAACAGGUUUUACUGUUUAAUUCCUGCCUUAAGCUUAUUGCUGGGAAACUUCGAUCCAAAUGGAUUGGCCCUUUUAUCGUUACUAACGUUUUCCCUCAUGGUGUAGUAGAAAUUAAAAGUGCAGCUUUAACAGUUUGCACUAAAACGAUCAUAACAGGAGCUCUGGGAAUCCGAAUGAUGUGUUCUAAUAAUCGCCAGAAAGCUAAGAGAAAGAGCUACAACUUUCGUGUUGGAGUCAAAGUCAGCUUCGGAGCGCUUAUUUUCCAGAAUUUCGUUUGA